GCUAUCGGGAAAACCAAAGCUGAGCAUUGUGAUUCUUAUUCUCAACUGUCCGCUUCGACGACCACAACUGUGGUGCCCUCAUAGUAAUCAUGCAGUUGGUAAGUUUCACCGAGAACCAGUUAUCGGCAUUUACCUCCACAGUUAUGAAUUUUGCUAAACGGCGUUUUUUUUGCUCCCCACAGACUUGGAAAACGAUCGCACCUGUCCCAACCUCUCAGGAGUUUUUGGACAUCGUACUGUCCAGAACACAGAGGAGGCUUCCGACACAGAUUCGUGCUGGUUUCAAAAUCAGCCGUAUUAGAGGUCCGCUGUUUCGUUUGGCAUUAAUUGACCUUGUGACUGACCGGGCCCAGCCUUCUACCUGCGAAAGGUGAAAUUCACUGAGCAGACCUUCUCCGAAAAACUUGGAGCAAUCUUGGAAUCGUUCCCAAGAUUGGCCGAUAUUCAUCCAUUUCGUAUGUUCGCCCGUUCUUCCAUUCCCCUACGGCAGUUAAUUACGAGCCGACGGCUGACUUCAUGUUACAGACAGCGCUCUCAUGAAUACUUUGUAUGACGCCGACCAUUUCAGAAUCGCCCUUGGUCAGCUCUCGACUGCGAAACAUCUUAUCGAACAAAUUGCUCGCGACUAUGUUCGGUUAAUCAAAUAUGCCCAGUCUCUGUUCCAAUGCAAACAGCUCAAGCGUGCCGCGUUAGGACGUAUGGCUACCAUUACCAAGCGUUUGAAGGGUUCUCUGGAAUAUCUUGAGCAAGUUCGUCAACAUCUCGGCCGCUUACCAUCCAUUGACCCAAAUACUCGAACUCUCCUAAUUUGUGGCUACCCAAAUGUUGGGAAAUCCUCAUUUUUGAAAUCUGUCACCCGGGCGGAUGUCGAUGUUCAGCCGUAUGCCUUCACAACCAAGUCACUAUACGUUGGUCACUUCGAUUAUAAGUACUUGCGAUUUCAGGCCAUCGAUACUCCUGGCAUUCUGGAUCAUCCCCUUGAAGAAAUGAACACCAUUGAAAUGCAGUCAAUUACCGCUAUCGCGCAUUUACGCUCUGCCGUUUUAUAUUUCGUCGAUCUGAGUGAACAGUGCGGUUACACUAUUGAGGCACAAGUUCAACUUUUCCACUCUAUCAAGCCCCUCUUCGCGAACAAGACUGUUUUCCUUGUGGUCAACAAAAUUGACGCCAUGAGGCCCGAGGACCUCGAUCCCGCUAGACAGGAGCUACUAGGGACAAUAACCAGCUCUGGGGAGGUAGAAAUGUUGAAAUUGAGUUGCCAUACGGAGGAGGGUGUUAUGGAUGUUAGGAAUCAGGCCUGCGAGAGACUAUUAGCGUCGAGAGUGGAACAAAAGCUCAAAAGCGUCAUGAGCAGCGCUGCGGGGAAGGAAGCAGCGGAUAUCCUCAACAGGAUUCACGUUUCUAGACCAAUCGGGGAAGGUUUACAGCCAUUUAUUCCUGAUGCCGUCCUUAACAGGAAGAGGUACGACAAAGAAGACCCUAAGAGGCGAAAGUUGGAGAGGGAUAUUGAAGCUGAAGAGGGAGGUGCUGGUGUCUACAACGUCAAUCUUAAGAGUGAGCCAUUCCUUUUACUCGCCCUGCACGAAAGCUGUAAACUUACUAAGGGUGACAGAGAACUACUUGCUGGAAAAUCCUGAUUGGAAAAUGGACAAGAUUCCCGAGAUCUAUGAUGGCAAAAAUGUUUACGAUUUCAUCGAUCCUGAAAUCGAACAAAAGCUUGCAGACCUUGAGGCUGAGGAGGAGCAGCUCCAAGAGAGCGGAUUUUAUGAUGAGCCUGAGGAUAUUGAGGACGAAGAGGAAGCAGAGAUCCGCACCAAAGCCGACUAUAUUCGUGAGCAGCAAGCGCUUAUCCGUAAUGCCGCUCGCUCUAAAAAGAGUACCAAGAACCGUGCCGUGAUUCCCAGGAGCGCUGGUCAAGGGAGGAAACUCAGCGAGAUGGAGGCGCACCUUGACAAGCUUGGUCUAGACUCCUCUAAAAUUGCUGCGAGGGCAAGAUCGAUAUCUAGAGGGAGAGUGGCAGCACGUGCUGCGAAAGAUGGGGAUGCCAUGGACCUUGACGGGGGUUCUGGAGCGCAGAAGAUGACACCUAUCGAGCGUGCGAAGAGUCGGGCAAGGAGCAUUAACAGACGUGAAGACGGUAUCAUCGAUGAGUCUAGCAGGACCAAGGCUGAGAAGCUUGCCAAGUUGCAGCAGAGGCGGAUGAACAGGAUGGCUAGACAGGGAGAGAGUGACAGACACGUUAGCGCUAGCUUGCCUAAGCAUUUGGUAUGUAUUACAACUCUUCUUUCGCCGCAGUCUGUUCUUCACAUUUUACUAAUGGCCAAAAUAGUUCUCCGGGAAGCGUGGUAUGGGAAAGGCACAAAGACGUUAACCUUCGUUCUAUGGCGUAGCGAGGCAUUGGAAAUGGCUUGUUGGAUUGGAUUUCUCUCUUCUUUGUUUAAUAGUUUUAACAUACAGAAGUUCACGUUGUAUAAAAUAAAUUCUCGGGGUAAAACUGGCAGGGCUGAGUGACGUAGCACCGGUAUGGUAUCAUGGUAGGCGGGAGCCAACCCUUUUGUAAAACUUCCAGUCUCUGAGGCCGAAGCCUCCAAUCCCUAGCUGAGCAACUGACAGCUUGAAGUAGAAAAGAGAGUUUAGGUGGGGUAAAGAGGAGAAUUCAGUUAGGCACUUUUGCGGG